GAACACAAAAACCAUCCGCUCCACACAGCCCGAGCCGAUUCAGCUUGCGCACAUUAUUGCAUGAAUCUGGUUUGCUGCGGCUGCCCAGUUCCCACCACCCCCUGAACACCGCUAGCGCUCGCAACCCACAGCAGCCCCAUCCACCCAGACCCAGCGCUCCCGCCCGGGAGAGAUGUUAACUCGAAGCUCCGCCAACAUGCAGACACGAACCCAUCCGGCAGCAGCAGCCCGGAGAAAGAAGAAAGCCAUUUCUUCGGAAGACUCUCUUGGCGUGCGUGCGCGGGUUCGCUCUCGCUCGACACUGAUCGCCGCGCUCUUGCGCUGUUCCCUCUGCUUCCUGUGCCGCUUCGCUUGCGUGGAACGUGGAAGCUUUUGCCAAUGCUGGAUGGCUGGAUGGAAUCUGAAGUUCAGGGUGAGAGACCGAUCGACUCGCGCGGUAAAAGAGAGUGAGAAAGAGUAAACACAGAGACCCCCAGACCGACCGACCGACUGCGCCGGUUCUUCGCCUUGCGGGCGGGUAUUGGUUCGAUCGAACGAGAAUGCAAGAGAGAGUAGCAGCCGGGCGGAGGAACGGAGGUUGAUGAUCAUAGUUUUGUGGGUCUGUCAGCCAGUUUGUUGUCGAUCGUUGCUCUAUGCGUUUGUGCGCGCGCGCCCAGUGUUGCUAGACGACGUCCGCGUGGCCUGCCCGAGUCGUAGCCUGCUCCUUCCGCGUAACGUGAGCGUGUGGUCUGGAUUAAGCGGGGGGUGCGCGAGGUCCUGAAUUCCUGAAGGAUUCUAUGGGGUGGUUAGCCCCGGCAGUGGAUUGAGAUUUGGGUGCGAUCGAUCGAAGAAAACUUGGAUUGUGUGUGGAGAACGGUUCGCAGCAGCUUGAAGUAACCCAGUUUUCCGUUGACCUACUUUGGAACCUGUUCAUGUGCGAGGUGCGACCCGUGAAGAAUGGGAUAGUUGGAGCUGUGGAGUCGAGAUUGACCCAGUGAAGUGAGAUCGAUAAGAUUCCGGAGGUUUUGAUAAAAAGAUACUGACCUCAGUGAGGAGUGAAGAUACGAAGUGGCAGUGGGCAGUGAUUUCAGGAAUGCUCAGGAAGAUUUAGUAGGUCAAUACAGAAUUCGGCAGGUGUUGAUCAGUAGAAUAAACAUCUGAGUAACCGCAAGUGGAGCGAGAACUUGGAUAAUUUCCGAGUGGUGAAACGAUUGAUGUGUGUAGAAGAAAAAGCUCUAUGGAAAGGUGUCAAGUCGCAGUGGUGGAAGAAAACUUGAAAACUAUCUCACUCUAGUUGGUUGACCUAGAUUUUAGUCGAACGAGUGGAACCGGAGUCUCUCAGCUCAGCACGCAGCGACGUCAUCACGGGUUGGAUUAGUGGAAGCAGCCGUUGAUCAGCCUUGAUCGUGAUUUUCAUUCAUUGAGAGCCAGUCGCGGCUCGUAUCGGGAGAGAAAUUGAGAGAAGUGGAAGAAAGUUUCCAUGCUGCGUAGUGUGUAGUGUGCGGUAUCCCAACAGGGCUGGUACGUUGCGUGUGAAACACAUAUUUUGAAUUCGCUACCUUUCCGACACGGCGCAUAAGUGACACAUAGGGUGAGCGAAAAUAAAAACCGAAGGCAGUGUCAAAACGAAGAACCCAAUAAUGACAACAACUACGGCAGUGGCGGCAGAACCAGCAGUGUGUCGUUGGUAAUGCAUUUAUGAAUGCAGAUGACCCGGAUAUUAAAAAUACUGAGACUACACGCCAUUGCUGCGAUUUACAUUUAAUUGUGUCAAAGCUGUCCGACGUGCUGCGCUUCCGUGGGGAUAUGUGUUAAUUAGAUUUGCGCACAGAGAGCAAAGAAGAAAGAUCGUGCAAAGAGGAAUCGCCGACAGAGCCGUGAGAGAGAGCCGUAGGCUGUGAGUGAAAAUAGAAAAAAAAAAACGUACACGAGCAGUGAUCUGAUUAAGAACCGCACCCCGCACCUUUCGAUUGGUGGAUCCUGCGCUUACGGCAAAGCGGUGCGAUGAGAGAAAAGUGGUGAAAUUGGUGAAAGAGAAUGAGAAAAAUUAAAAUGUAUUGAGGUGAACCUAAUGAGAGCAAAACAACUAACCAGUGUGAACCGUGUGACAACAGUGAUCUAGAUCGAAUGGAUCGAUAGAUAUUUAUGUGUGUUAUGCAUGAAUGAUAAGCUACCCGUAAACAACCGAAAGUGAAAAGUGAUAAAUUGUGACGAGAAAACUUCCUGGAUACAAGUGUUGCCAACCGAUGCUGGAGUUAAACCGCCCGACAACAUCUUGUACAUAAAUAGGCUAAAUUUGGACAUCCCCGAAAAAUAUUUCUGUGGUUUCCCCAAAUUUUCAACGCCUGUUUCUUCUACCUGUUGGAUCGAUUGACUUUCGGCCUAGUAGAGGAUCCCUCUUUCAGUAUUAGUCUAUCCAUAGAGUCCCAAGCCCCAGUAAAACGAAUGAGUUGCAAAGAUGAUUAGCAUUUUCCUUUAUAGGUCUGGCCAUGUACUACCGGAUACCGCUCCUGACGUCGGUCACUUUCUUUAGGAUUUGCUGAGAGAUUGUUGCAGCGGUAGCGAAAUUUUUGAUCGGUUUCUUGGAAACGGAAGAAAUCUCACGGUGGACUGUGACAGGGAUAGGGUUUACAAAAGCAUACGCGAACAGAAAACAUACUUAGACCAUUGCCAAAUGGUCAACCACAUGAUGAGUGGACAAAACGAAUCCGAGGUCGAGAGCCUGCUGAUGAGCCCUUGCUGGAAUCAAUCGACCAGUGUGCAGGACCAGUACCUGCUGGACGGGGAGAAGUUGCUCCUGGACACGGACCUGGAAUCGCUGCCGAGCGACUCGGAGACGCAGAAGAACUCGAUGGACGUGCUGGAGAAUCUGCUGCUGAACUCGACCUCGAUCAACAGUAACAGUUCCAGCAACGAUGGAGAUGUCAAGCCGCUGCCUUCGUUCACCUCGUUCAACACGGGCCACUUGUCGAUCAAUGGCAUUUCGGGGUACUCCUACACGGCGAUUGCGCAGCGGAUGCCAGAGGAGAACAACAAUUAUCCGCAGAAUUCGUUUGGGAAUGGGGCGAACAGUGGGAACAAUGGCGACAACAAUAUUGUUUCGUCAUCCACGUGUCUACCCGACUCCGUGCUGAAUCCGGACGGGAACGGAGCGGACAGUUGCCUGCAGGAUGUGAAGUUGUUCUCGGACAGUUCAAUCGACGGGAAGAUCUACUCGGCAAGCGCGGAGGGAUGCGUGAUAAGUGGGGCGGAUUCGGUUUCCGCGGCGAAAAUCUUCGUCGAUUCCAAAGAACUGUCCGAAUACGACAUGAGCUCAAUCGAAGACAUAGCAGCGAUAAUAGGGUCGGCCAUUGCGGACACGACAGUACCCAACAAGAUAGAGAAAGACGACGGGAAUGAUACGAGGGAUUCCUGGAUGGAUUUGGAUGCAUGGAUCGAAGGAACAUGUGCCACGCCCGACAGCAAACUAAUCGUUUCCCAGCAGGACUCCCUCAGUGAACUGAUCCUACCUCAUUCUCCGGGUCACACGUCCGGGUCAACGUUACAAAGCCUGCUGACGCAUACCUACAUGCCCCUGCUGCAGAACCGAUUACAGAAUGGGCCUCCGAUCAAGAUAGAAACGCCCACGUCGACGUCCUACUGCGGCGAGCUGAUAUCGACUUCAACUAGUCCUCCAGGCUCGGUAGUAUCCACAACCGAGAACCUGAUUCUCAACGGAAGGUACCUGCAAAACCAUCAAAAUGCUCAUUUUGCUCUCAACAUGGGUCUCAAAUCGGAUGGCCUAUGUAGUCCGGAGCUCUUAGGCAACUUCCCGCAUACCACUACCACGACCCCAACGACACCAAAAAACAAACGAAGACCUCACAAACAGGGCAAAACCAACGGCCACGGCCACCAAGUGCACCAGGGCCAAUCCCAGCAAGCGCAACAGCAGUCUUCCUUACACCAGCAGCAGCUGUCCGCGGUGGCAGCAGCAGCGGCAGCGGCGGCGGCCGCCCAAUCCCAAGCCUCCAUCAACUUCCCCGGAGCCAGUGACCUGCUACUCGGCAAGGACAAACCCGUCCACCGGUGUAACAUCUGCAAUCGGGGGUUCCUGAACAAGAGCAACAUCAAGGUUCACCUGCGGACGCACACCGGCGAGAAGCCGUUCCGCUGCGAAGUGUGCGCCAAGGCCUUCCGGCAGAAGGCUCACCUCAUCAAGCACCAGCAGAUACAUAAACGGAUCGGGAGGGAUUGACCAUUAGCAGCAGUGGUGGUAUCGACGACCUCCUCCGGUUCCGGAUCCGGUCCGGGUCGGAAACGGUCGUCCACCGCCUACUGCGCCAAGAACAACAGUAGUAGCAACAACAACAGUUCUCUCAACGAUCACCUCAAUGGCAAUUCCUCCCACCAUCAUCACCAACAACAACAGCAGCAGCAGCAUCAACAGCAACAGCAGCAACAUUCCCAGCAUCAACUUCUGGCGAGUGCGCUGGGAGUUUCCGGGAAUGGUGUGGGACUGGUUGGCGAUUCCAGUCUGAGU